CCGAGGAGUCUGAGGAAGAGGGCGGUGGCGGUUGUGGUGACUGAGCGGAGCCGGGUGACAGGAUGGCUGGGCACAGAUUGGUGUUGGUAUUAGGAGAUCUGCACAUCCCACACCGGUGUAACAGUUUGCCUGCUAAAUUCAAAAAACUCCUUGUACCAGGAAAGAUUCAGCACAUUCUCUGCACAGGAAACCUUUGCACCAAAGAGAGUUAUGAUUAUCUGAAGACUCUGGCUGGUGAUGUUCAUAUUGUGAGAGGAGACUUUGAUGAGGUGAUGUAUUUCCCUUUCCCCUCCCAAGUUUGCUCUCCUAAUAGCAACCACAAUGAUCCUUGA